CCCAUGUGACCGCCUUUCUUGUCAACCCACAUUUUGCGCUCUCCUUCCAAAGAUCAGCAUCAAACUUGAUAUCAUCAUAUUCUGACGCUCUUCUUGUUUCCUUAUGAGCUUCAUUCGGCCAGCUACUCCUGGCUUCCUGAUAACCCUCACAGCCACCAUUUUGUUGGCUGUCGUAUCCUUCUCUGUACCCCUCAUAAAAUCCAUAUACUUUCUCAAGGCAAGCCUUGCCGUUGAAAGCACCAAUGGUUACAUCACCUUUGGAACCUUGGGUUAUUGUUCAGAUAUCUCAGGGAAUGUUUCAUGUUCUAGUGCAACAGUAGGGUAUGAGCUCAACAUCAAUGCCUUGGUAGGCGAUAGUACGGCUCUCCAAAUCCCAACCGUCGUUGUAAAGUGGCUCACGUAUACCCUGGUCCUGCAUAUCGUGGCUUUUGGUCUCGCAGGGGUAGCCACCAUUUUUGGUCUACUCGCUCACAUCCGUGAAAUGGCUAUGACUUGCUUCAGUAGCUGCAUAUCAGGAUUUGCCGCUACUGUCGCCCUUACUGCUUUUAUUUUCGACAUCGCCAUCUUUUUUGUUGCCAAGUCCAGGAUGAAUAGUGUUUCGGGCGGCUCUGCUUCCAUCGGUAACGCUGUAUGGCUUACGCUUGUCGCCUGGAUCCUACUAUUCCUUAGUGGAUGUUUCUAUGGCGUUGGAAGGUGUUGCAUAAGAAGGCGCCCAAAGGAUGACGACCGGAUGGGUGGAAAUGCAUACGCGGAUCGAAUGCGCCUUGACGCUGUCAAAGCAGAAGCAGAUCGAAAAGCAAGACAACAGCGAGGCGAAAUUGGUUUACCGCCUUUCCAGGAGUACGACCCAUCUCAGCCGUUGAAGGCCAGAAUCUCAGGUGAUGGCGUGUUUUUGGACGAGGAGGAUGCCACACCGUUCCGAGACGACCAGAGCGUCUCCACCGCCGGAAGAGCCGGCAUGGGGUCCUAUGGUCGUCGUCCAUCAGCGAAUGGCUACGUCGGGGGAGGCUAUAUGCAGGCUCCUCGCGGCACACGCGCUAUUGAUGAAUAUAACAACGCUUCCCCAUAUGCGGCGCCACCACGCCGGAAGAGUAGCACCCUCACCCAGACUACAUCUUCCAGCACUUAUCCGCCAACAUCUACGACUCAUUCAAUGUCGCCUCUCAAUUCAUAUGCUGUCCCCGGAGCUGCAAUCACCGCCCCAGUGCAAAACGCUUCCGGUGCUUACUAUAGUGAUCCAUACUCCCCGCAGGCAUAUGGUCAUGUGGAAGGUGGCUCUUCGCGCACCCCCCCGCAGCAACAUGCGGUGUAUAACCCUUGGGAACCGCAGCAAACUCAGCCUUCCUUCAACCCAGAUUCAUACAAUGCUUCGAGUGCUAUAGCUGCGGCUCCGUAUGUUACUGCAUACAACGCCCAGACUCCUCGUCAGCCCGAGCAGAACUAUGCUGCCAGCACUACCAGUGUUGCACAGCCGUCGGACCCAUACUAUACUUCCAAUUAUCAUAGUUCGACUAACGCACCUUCUCCGCCACCAGCUAACACCAGUGCGUAUGCGGCACCUUCUAACACGAGUGGUGUAAGGGGCCCGAGGGGGCCGCCGUCCCCUGUGGUGAUGUCCCCUCCAUCUCAGAUGUACAGUGACAGCCCACCGAUGUAUGAGGAUGGUCUAUCGCGAACGCCUGUGCAAUGGAAGACCUAAAUACGAUUUGUAGUAUCUUCAUGAGGAUCUCAUGGAGUUGAUAUAUCUACUGCAUAUUUUUUAUCAAAGGACCGUAUCAGAUUUGACUGUAGGACUAUAUAUUUAGAUACCCUCUGUAUUUCAUUACGAAACAGUGGCUUGCUUUGAAACAAUAACCUAGCAUGACUGCUGGCAGUAAACCACUUUCUGAGUUCUAGAGCUCGUCGGCGAGUGUUCGCCUUCG